UUUUUCCCUCGAAAAUGUCUUCCGAUCCUAAAUACGAUGAUCUUCAUAAGCAAUUAUUCGAUGAAGGACUGAAUAUGCGCCGCAGCGUCGUGGGCAGUGAAUACGUGGACAAAGCGUUGGCCAAUGGUUCCACCGAGUUCUCCCGUGCUGGUCAAGAACUUGUGACUGAAUGGUGUUGGGGAUAUGCAUGGACACGCCCUGGACUGAGCAAGCAACAACGCUCUCUUAUCAACAUUGGCAUGCUGAUGGCACUUAACCGCGCACCUGAAUUGGCUGUGCACAUCAGAGGGGCGAGAAACAACGGUUUGUCAGAGUUGGAGAUCCGCGAAGCAAUCAUUCACGCUACCACAUACUGUGGAGUGCCAGCUGGUGUAGAUGCAAUGAAGACAGCAGAGAGGGUCCUCAACGAGAUGGCAGAAAAGGGCGAAAUGCCACGUGAGUUGGGAGAGAAGAGUGAAAGGGCAUAAACGUAGAACAAACGAACCAAGUUCGCAUCAAACCAUUCGUGUUUUCGUUGUAGAAGAGGUAUUGUGAUUGGACCCAAAUACAAGGAAUCAUGGAAAAAAAAUUAAUGAGACACUCUCUAGCUGAGGCGUAGCUCC